AUUAAAAUAUGCACAUUUGCUAUUCGCGAUAAUUGAAACUAUCGAUUAUAGUGGUUAGCAAUCCUCCCUUAAUCCGUUAGCCAUGGUAAUCAAACCUAUUGAUUAUUGCAACUAACGGUAACAAAUUAAAAUCAGGGUUGUACGCCCAAAUCCUAAAAACACUCAAAAUACACUAAACCGCGAUACUACAGUUUUUCAACACUGCGAUGUUCACAACUGCGAUAAGGUAAUUCAAAAUACCUUCGAACAUUUGCAUUUCAAAACAACUUCAAAUACAAUCAAAUUCAAUUCUAAGGCGUACAACCCUGUGCCCGAACUACGUUGACUCUGAUUCUCCAUAAGGAGAUACGUAGGCACUUGGCAACAAGGCGAGUCCCCUUCCCUAAAAUCUCAAUUUUCCUCUUAUUCAUUUCCUUACCUAUAAACUUCAAUAAUUUUAGCCACAAACCUUUACCUUAGAUUCAAAGCCAAUAGGAAAGGGUUGAGGGUGCCUAACACCUUCCCUCAACCUGCAAUAUGGUAUCUUACCCUGAUCUCUUAAUUGCAUAGGUUUUCUAUUCGCCUUGGUAGAAUAGGUGGCGACUCUCUAAGUAUAAUUUUUAGGCAGGUUGCUACAUUCAUCCCACCAUUGUUUCAUUUCUUUCAAAGAUCAAUCAUCUUUUUAAGCUCUGCAGUCACAAAACAACAAAAACCCAUGAUUCCAAAUUUAAAAUGGAUUGAUUUUUUUCAACAAAGAAAACCCUAAAAUCCAAAAAAGAUUAAACCUACCACUGAAUCACCCGAUAGCAUUGAAAACGAAAAGAAAUUAAGCAUAGCUCUGAGAUCUGAAAACCAAAACGAAAAAAACGUUAUAUCCAAGUCUCACAAAAGCAAUACACAAAAACGUCGGACUUCACUAUUCUAACUUAUCAAACUUGAGCAAAUUGAUAUGGUUGUUGAAAAAGUCAACAAAAUCAAGUUUUAGCCAGACAAAAAGGAAGAAGUGAGUGAGGUGGUGACUAGGUUUGAGAAAAACAGAAAAAAUUACUUCAUACAUUCAACAUAUUUUAUUUUUAAAUUUUAAACUUUAAAUUUUAAAUCAAUAUAAAAUAAAACAGUUACAUGUCAUCUAAUAUAGAACCAGCAAAACUGCACACAUAUAAAACAUAUCAAAAUUUGAUAAAAUUUAACCGACAUGACUUAAUUAAUAUAAAUAACAAAAUAACUUUUAAGAACGUUUAUUAAAUAAGAAACUUUAGCAAAAUUUUUAAAUUAUACUAAAUGACCAAAAAAUAAAUUAACUCUAAUAAAAAAAAAUUAGAAGACUAUGACUUAACAUAAAACAACAUUCAAACUAACACAACAAAGUUUUGGAUAAGACUAUGGUUAUGGUCGGCACAUUUAGAAACAUACACGACAACACAUUUCAUUUUGGUUAAACCCUCACAUGCUCCUAUGGCUGCCUUUGCUAAACCCUCUCAACUCCCCACUCCUCAAAGGCACCACCACCCCAUUAUUCCAACCAAUUUCAUCACCUCAAAGUUCAAAACUUUCACUUCCACACACAACUUCAAGACCCUUAAACACUCUCGGGUCUCAAAUUCUUUCACUGCCACAAUCACUUCUUCCAUUAGCAGCGACAAUCCAAACCAUGAUCUUUGUCAACUAUGCCUUAUUGGGAAGUUGGAAAGUGCUGUGAGCUACUUAGAAACCAUGCACGAGCUUCAAAUUUCAGUUGAAGAGGAUUCUUAUAUUUCUUUGGUACGUUUGUGUGAGUGGUCUAGAGCUAGAAAAGAAGGUUCUAAGGUGUAUUCGUAUGUUAAGAAGUCAAUGAUGAGGACCCAUUUGAGUCUUAAGCUUGGAAAUGCACUUUUGAGUAUGUUUGUUAGGUUUGGUAAUUUGGUUGAUGCUUGGUAUGUGUUUGGUAAAAUGCCUGAGAGGAAUUUGUUUUCUUGGAAUGUUUUGGUUGGUGGUUAUGGGAAAGGUGGGUUUUUUGACGAGGCGUUGAAUCUUUAUGAAAGGAUGUUGUGGGUUGGUGUUAGGCCUGAUAUUUACACUUUUCCUUGUGUUUUGAGGACUUGUGGUGGUGUUCCUGACUUGGUUACGGGUAGAGAGAUUCAUGUUCAUGUUUUGAGAUUUGGGUUUGAGUCCGAUAUAGAUGUUAUUAAUGCGUUGAUAACUAUGUAUGUGAAAUGCGGCGAUGUUGUUACUGCUAGGUUGGUGUUUGAUAAGAUGAUUAAUAGAGAUAGGAUUUCGUGGAAUGCGAUGAUUGCUGGGUAUUUCGAGAAUGGAAUGUGUUUGGAGGGUUUGAGAUUGUUUUGCAGGAUGAUUGAACAUCCGGUUGAGCCGGAUUUGAAGACCAUGACGAGCGUGAUUGCUGCUUGCGAGCUUAUGGGUGAUGGGAGAUUGGGGAGGGAGAUUCACAGUUAUAUAGUGAGAACUGAGUUCUCGAUGAAAUCUUCGGUUUAUAAUUCGUUGGUUCAGAUGUACUCAUCUGUUGGGCUUGUUGAGGAAGCUGAAAAGGCUUUUUCUCAAAUUGAAUGUAGAGAUGUGGUGUCAUGGACUGUAAUGAUAUUGGGUUACGAGAAUAAUUUGAUGCAUCAGAAGGCUCUUGAAACAUAUAAAACGAUGGAGGCGGAAGGUGUCGUGCCUGAUGAAAUUACCAUCACGGCUGUACUCUCUGCCUGUUCUUGUUUACGCGAUUUAGAUAUGGGGACGAAGCUUCAUGAAGUGGCCAAGAAGACAGGGCUCAUUUUUUAUGCUAUGGUUGCAGACACACUUGUUGACAUGUAUGCUAAGUGCAAAUGCAUUGACAAAGCUUUAGAAGUUUUCUACUCUAUUCGCCACAAGAAUAUUAUAACUUGGACAGCUAUCAUCAGUGGCCUUAGGAUCAACAACAGAUGUUUUGACUCUUUGUUUUUCUUUAAAGAGAUGAUGCGCAAACAAAAGCCGAACUCGGUUACUUUAGUUUGUGUCCUAUCCGCAUGUGCUAGAAUAGGGGCUUUGACAUCUGGAAAAGAGAUCCAUGCUCAUGCAUUGAGAACUGGCGUAAGUUAUGAUGGUUUUAUGCCUAAUGCAAUCUUGGACAUGUAUGUAAGGUGUGGAAGAAUGGAAUAUGCGUGGAAACAAUUUUUCUCGUGUGAUCAAGAUGUGUCCACAUGGAACAUUUUGCUAACUGGAUAUGCUGAGCGCGGGAAAGGAACACUUGCUACAGAGCUUUUUCAAAAAAUGGUAGAGUCAAAUGUUGUUCCUGAUAAGAUUACAUUUGUCUCCAUAUUACGUGCCUGCAGCAGGUCUGGUAUGGUUGAAGAAGGCUUAGAAUAUUUUGACAGCAUGGAACAUAAGUACUCUAUUAAACCUAAUCUGAAACACUACGCUUCUAUGGUUGAUUUAUUGGGACGCGCUGGAAAAUUGGAGGACGCCUAUGGAUUCAUACAGAAAAUGCCAAUGAAGCCAGACCCUGCAGUUUGGGGAGCCUUAUUAAACGCGUGCAGAAUCCACCGCUGUGUUGAACUCGGCGAACUAGCUGCUAAGAAUAUCUUUCAAGAUGAUAAAACUAGUAUUGGAUAUUACAUUCUUCUGUCAAAUCUAUAUGCUGACAACGAUAUGUGGGACAAAGUUGCGGAAGUUAGAAAAAUGAUGCGACAGAACGGGAUAAUAGUAGAUCCUGGAUGCAGCUGGGUGGAAAACAAGGACACGGUGCACGCUUUUCUCAGCGGUGAUAACUUUCAUCCUCAAAUUAAGGAAAUAAACGCACUUUUGGAGAGAUUUUAUGAGAAAAUGAAGGAAGCUGGUAUUCAAAGGUUGGGAAGCAGUCGUAUGGAUAUAAUGCAAGCUUCUAAGGCUGAUAUAUUUUGUGGACACAGCGAGAGAUUUGCGGUUACAUUUGGACUUAUUAACUCAGCACCUGGAAUGCCGAUUAGGGUAACUAAGAAUCUGUAUAUGUGCCAAAGUUGCCAUGACACUGUCAAAUUUAUCUCGAAGGAAGUACGCAGAGAGAUUUUUGUGAGAGAUACGGAGCGGUUUCACCAUUUCAAGGGAGGUAUAUGCUCUUGCAAGGAUGAAGGUUAUUAGCUUUAGCAUAAGUAGAAGGGAAAAUGUAGGAUUUGUAGCAUCAUAUUGAAAAGUUAGGAUUGUAAGAUAUUACAGUACUUUGAAAUGUUGUACAACAGUGAUUAAUGGGCCUAGGAAAUGUUGAUCAGCACUAUGUAUAACAUGUUUUACAUAGAAAUAAAUUAUUUUUAGAUCUCAAA